CUGUAGCCGGCGCGCAGGGCGCAUGCGCGGGCCCCCAGGAGGGCGGGGGCCGGCGUCUAGUGGCGAGCGAGCUGGCCGCCGGUGUCCGCCCGUCCGUCGCCGCUACUCAGGGUCUAGCGGUGACUGCGUAGCGUCCGCGCCCUCUCCCGUGCUGGGCCGCGCGUAGUCUUGCCCCGCCAUGAAGUUGAGCAGCCGCGGCCGGGGAUGCUGCGUGGCCGGCAGCCGGGAGCGCGGGCCGCCGCCGAGGAGCCCCUUCGUGCACCAGCUGCGCCUCAGCCCCCUGGAGAAAGCCAAGAUUGCCUUCAUGACCUUGACUCUGUUUCCUAUCCGACUCUUUUUUGCUGCUUUUAUGAUGUUGCUGGCCUGGCCUUUUGCAUUCAUUGCUUCAAUGGGAUCUGAUGAGCAAGAGCUUGAAAAGCCCCUCUCCUGGUGGCGAAAGGUAGUGGAUAUUUUGCUGAAAGCAAUCAUGAGAAUGAUGUGGCUUGCUGGUGGAUUCCACUGGAUAAAUGUAAAAGGCAGACGAGCGUUGCCGGCGGAAGCAGCAAUAUUAACUGUGGCUCCCCAUUCUUCCUACUUUGAUGCCAUUCCAGUAACUAUGACCUUUGCCUCCAUUGUGAUGAAAGCAGAAAGCAAAGAUAUUCCUGUUUGGGGAACUCUAAUCAAAUACAUCCGACCAGUAUUUGUGUCUCGGUCAGACCAGGAUUCUCGCAGGAAAACUGUUGAAGAGAUAAAGAGGCGUGCUCAGUCUGAUGGUAAAUGGCCACAGAUAAUGAUAUUCCCAGAGGGCACUUGCACAAACCGAUCCUGUCUAAUUACAUUCAAGCCUGGAGCAUUUAUUCCUGGAGUUCCUGUACAGCCAGUGGUUUUACGUUAUCCAAACAAACUGGAUACAAUCACGUGGACGUGGCAAGGGCCAGGAGCGUUAGAAAUUCUGUGGCUUACUUUGUGUCAGUUUCACAAUUCUGUGGAAAUUGAGUUUCUACCAGUGUAUAUUCCUUCAGAAGAAGAAAGAAAAAAUCCAGUGUUAUAUGCCAAUAACGUCAGACAUGUAAUGGCAGAGGCAUUGGGAGUUUCAGUGACAGACUACACAUUUGAAGACUGUCAGCUAGCUUUAGCUGAAGGACAACUUCGUCUGCCUUCAGACACGUGUCUUUUAGAAUUUGCAAAGCUUGUGAGAAGCCUUGGCCUGAAGCCAGAAACACUUGAAGAUGAUCUUGAUAAAUAUGCUGCAAGUGCCAUGAAAAUGGAAAAAGAAAAGGUUGAUCUUAAAGAAUUCUCAGCAUACUUGGAAUUUCCAGUUUCUGACACAUUAGAAAGUAUGUUUGCACUUUUUGAUGAGAAUGAAGAUGGCAUAAUUGACAUUCGGGAAUUUGUCAUUGCUCUGUCAGUUGUCUGUAAGCCAUCCAAAACUCUGGAAACAAUUCAUUUGGCAUUUCAGCUGUACCAGUCAGAAAAUGGAACUAUAACAGAAGAUGAUUUAGCUCGUAUUCUGAAGACUGCCAUGGGUGUGUCACAGAUUAAUGUCAUGCAUCUUUUUAGAGCUGUAGAUGAAGAAGAAAAAGGAGAGAUUACAUACAAUGAUUUCUACAGAUUUGCUGAAUUGCACCCACACUUUGCAGAAGACUAUCUCUAUGCUGAUCAGAUGGGAGCUGAGAGUGGCUUGGAGACUUCAUCUCUUUCUGCUCCUAAUGGUAUCUGUACUGACUUCAGCCCUGAAAACGCUGAAGAUACAAAAAAGCUGCUGCAGAAGAAAUUGAAUUGACACUACAACUGUUACCUUCCUCUCCUGGUGAGAGGAUUGUCUUUUUUUGGGAUUUUCAUAUGUCACUCCAACUAUACAGCAAAUACCAGUUUUGUGUGUGAAAGUUCUUCUACCUUAAUACCAUUCUUUGAAUCAUAUGUGCUAUAUAUUUAACAACAUGUUCCAGGUUACUUUGGGGAAGGUGUUUUUAUUUUUUUUUUUUUAAAAAGGUCUUUGAAAGGCAACAAUGUGAAUGUGCUUCAUUAUUAAUGUUCAUAUUUAAAAGGAGGCGGCACACUUAUUUAUAUUCCAUUGGCUAGUUUAAUGUACAAAGUGUCGCACAAAUGUGCAUGUAUAAAGAAACUGUAGCUACUAUGGUGUUAAGUGCACUUUGGUGAUUAGUGUUUUCCCUAGUUAUGGGGAUGUUCAUUUGGGGCCAAACUUUGCUGUCCAUGUUUGCAUAGUCAGUCUUGUUGAUUUUGGUGGGAUUAUUCUCUUGCGCAAGGCAAGCACGUUUUGGCCCUUUGUUUUGGUUUCAGUAAACAGUUUGGAAACAAUAAUGCAAAAACUUGCUAAGGAUUACUUUUUUAUUUUUAUUGUUCAAUGACAACAUUGUUUCUCUUUCAGUCUAUUCCAUGGUAGAAUGAAAAGGAAAGGCUCCUUAUCCCUCACCCCAACACUUUUCUACUGUAAUCUUCCGGAUGCAAUUAAAUGUUAACUUUUUCCAAACUGACAUGCCACAUACUGUUUGCAAAUACAUGACAAAACUGUUUGUGCUUUUUCUAUUAUAAUCAGUUCAAAUCAUGUCCACCCAACAUUUAAAUGGAAGGUGUUUACACAAUUCUAUUUAAUCUAGAUUCAUCAGGAAUCACAGGUUUCUUUUGUAGCAAGCCUGUACAUACAGAUAACUUAGCACGGAACACACUAUGAAAACUUUGUUGUAUCAGCACAAGUUUGAAAAGCUUGCAGUUAAUGGAGAAGCCAAGCCAGCAACAAGUUGCAGAACAUCCUGAAGAGAUGCUACUUAAAUCUCUAUAGCUACAUCACAUAAACUACAUAUAAUGUAUAUGAAGUUUAAAACAGUUUAGAACUGUUUAAAAAAACCCCAACAAACAAAAAACCCACCACCAAACCAAAACAACCUAAACCACUUGUAUUAGUAAUGUUUCUUAUCUUUCCUUUUGUAAAGCCAGAUGCCUUAAUUACGAAUGGAGGUCUUGGAGAAAAAUUUAAAUUAUUGUAAAACCACAGAGCUUCACUGAUUAAGAAAUGUGACCAAAAGCCUCAAGGAGUAGGAAGGAAGACUGUCACAAAAUAACUCUGAUGGCAACUUUACUUCCAAACAAACAAAAAAAUAUUUUCAAAUAAUUUCUGUGACUAAUGUUGUAGGGCUGCGCUAAAAUACAAUGUGAUUGGAAAACUGCUGUUGAGAUUUGAAUCUUUCACAUGUUAGAGUAAUUUAAAACUAGAUUUGAAAGGGAAGAAUUUUAACAGAAGGAAAUCUGUACCAAAUGCUUUUAUUUUUUUUAAAUAGCAGGAGUGUUUUAAAGCUCAUUAGGGUAUUGGAAUGUGUCCUUAGAAAUCCCUAACUGUAUGUGGCAAGUCACCAAACUGAAACUGGCUUCAAUAGAAAGAAUAUGGGGGGAAAAAAUGUAAGAAAUUAUGCUUUCUGCAGGAUAUGUAGAGGUAGGUCAUCAUUUGGAGGUAAUAACUAAAUUUUUGAUUUAUCUGGGUAAUACAUGCCAAGCUGACAGGGCUGUAGCAGACUGGCAGACAAGAGCUGAAUUAAAACUGAUCAUGAAAAA